AUGCUUUCAUCAUCUCGCCUUCCGUCAUUGGCUGAAGUUCCUGUGGGCGGUGAAGACGCGCCCAUGUCGUCCGUCCGUGAACGGGCCGGCUCGGACCAUUCAACUCGGACCACAAAAAGGCAAGGUCGUAUUGUUCCCGCACGACCAGGUACUGGUGGGCAGUAUCGGGUAGUGACACGAACAGCUACUGUAGAAGGACAUUCAAAAGCUGUCCUCUCAGUGGCUGCCACCGAUGAACUUCUUCUCUCUGGAUCCAAAGAUCGUACUGCUAAGCUGUGGGAUCUGCAGACUGGAAGUGAAGUGAGGACAUUGGGUGUUCAUCCAAAUAAUGUUCAUGCAGUACGGUUUAUACCCAAUUCUCAACUGGCCAUUUCAGUGUCGAUGUAUCAGAACAUCAUGAAGUUUUCGUUGUUGGAUCAGAAGCGAGAUCAUCUGGAACUGAAUGCUCACAAUAGUUUCAUUCAAGGAAUGUGCCUUGUUGGAGUAAGUUUUUAUAUUACCCCUAGAUUCCUGUAA